CGUGCGCUGGUGUGCAAACUGUCCACCUAUCUGCGUCACUUCCUCCGUUCAUCCUUUCGUUCUGCUUCCGCCGACAGUGGGACCCGCGUGUUUACAUACUCCCAGAUGAAGGAGUUUAUAAUGAACCAGGAGAAGCUCGCCAAACUGCAGGCGCAAGUCCGCAUAGGCGGCAAGGGGUCAGCCCGCAGAAAGAAGAAGGUGGUGCACAGAACGGCUUCAGCCGACGACAAAAAACUCCAGUUCUCCCUAAAGAAACUUGGAGUCAACAACAUCUCUGGCAUUGAAGAGGUCAACAUGUUCACAAACCAGGGCACCGUCAUCCACUUUAACAACCCCAAGGUGCAGGCCUCUCUGGCUGCCAACACAUUCACCAUCACAGGGCAUGCAGAGAACAAGCAGCUCACAGAGAUGCUUCCAGGAAUUCUGAACCAGCUCGGGGCUGACAGUCUAACCAGCUUGAGGAGAUUAGCAGAGACCCUGCCUAAGCCUGCAGGAGACAAGGCCCCCAUGGUUACCGUUGAUGAGGAGGAGGAGGACGACGACGUUCCGGAUCUUGUCGAGAACUUCGAUGAAGCAUCAAAGAACGAGGCCAACUAAGGAGAAAAUACCACCACUUUUUUUCAAGACUCCAUUUGACAAUGUUUUAGCUUUUGCUUAUGGGUAACGGGGGCAAGUUGCUCUUCGCCGUUUAACGAGAACAAUUGGGCAAAAAUAAGUAAAAUAGACCCUUUUUAUGACAACUUUUAACGUAUAUCAAUGUCUGAUUUGCCUUAUUCUGUUGUCCCUGUAAAUGUCUUGGUGAACUGAAUGUGCAGUCCAUUGUCCCUUCCCUUCUCGCUGUGAUGCUGACACCAAUGUGUUUAUCACCAUGUAAUAAAGAUUUAAGUUCUA